AAACAAAUUCAGAAAUAAUAUCAAUGUGCAAUUUCAGCAUUUUUUUCUUUGACGGUUUUUAAGUUAAUUUAUUUAUUUAUUAUUAUUAUUAUUAUUCUUUUUAACGACACGAAUAACAACACAUUUCACGUUCAAUCUGGUUGCUCGCUUAUUUUCCAGCAGUCAGCGUCGGUACUUUCCGCUUCAAACACAGUGAAAGUGAAAGAAAAACUACACGUCCUGAUCCUUCAUCUUUGCCUCCCGCAAUCCUGCAAUCUUUCCCCAUUUUGAAGGCCUGUAAUUGUUUCAUUAGUGUUGAUUUUUAUUCUCGUUAUAUCGGUAAUAGUGUAUUUUCCAUCCGCGAUGUCUCGGGGAUCGAGCGCGGGGUUUGACCGUCACAUCACCAUCUUUUCCCCGGAGGGAAGACUGUAUCAAGUCGAGUACGCGUUCAAAGCCAUCAACCAGAGCGGUCUGACCACGGUGGCGGUUCGGGGGAACGAUUCGGUCGUCGUGGUGACGCAGAAAAAAGUCCCGGACAAGCUCCUGGACCCCAACACCGUCACCAACAUGUUCCAGCUCACUGGAUCCAUCGGCUGUGCCAUGACCGGGAUGACAGCUGACUGCCGCUCCCAGGUGCAUCGGGCUCGCUGUGAAGCCGCCGAGUGGAAGUACAAAUUCGGCUACGAGAUCCCGGCUGAGAUGCUGUGCAAGCGCAUGGCUGACCUGUCACAGGUGUACACCCAGAACGCAGAGAUGAGACCGCUGGGCUGCUGUAUGAUUCUGAUCGCCAUGGACGACGAGUUCGGACCGGUUCUGUUCAAGUGUGACCCGGCCGGCUACUUCUGCGGCUACAAGGCGACGAGCGCCGGGGUCAAACAGACCGAGGCGAACAGCUUCCUGGAGAAGAAGAUUCGCAAGAGACCAGACCUGCCCUUCCAGAAGACUGUCGAGCUGGCAGUCACCUGUCUCUCCUCAGUCCUCUCUCUGGACUUCAAACCCAGUGAGAUCGAAGUGGGCGUGGUCACCACAGACAAACCCAAGUUCAGGUUGCUGAGCGAGGAAGAGAUUGAAGCUCAUCUGGUGGCUAUAGCAGAACGUGAUUAGACACACACACAGACUGACAGACACACACACACAGACAGCUCCCCAACACAUCCCUGCAUACAAAAGAAAAUAAAGCUUGCAUUUCUAACAUCAACAGUGUGUGUGUGUGUGUCAGUGUGUCAGUGUCUGUCAGUGUGUGUGUGUGUGUCAGUGUCUGUGUGUGAUUGUGUGUGUGUCUGUGUGUGUGUCAGUGUCUGUGUGUGAUUGUGUGUGUGUCUGUGUCAGUGUGUCAGUGUCUGUGUGUGUCAGUGUCUGUGUGUCAGUGUCUGUGUCAGUGUGUGAUUGUGUGUGUGUGUGUGUGUGUGGGCAUGUAUUACUAUCAAUGUGCGCACAAAAUUUGAGAAAAUGUCCCCACAAAGAGAGUAACUCCUGAAAAAACAACGCUGUGGGGACGUCCUCACUUUAUAAAAAACCUUUUUAAGAAUUAAAAUGCCUUAAAAAAAACAAAAAAGAAACGUGGCAAAAUAUUGAGUUUGUUGUCAAAUUUCA